AUGAAAGCUCCUUUAAAAAAGGCAAAGGAGGAAAGAGGCUACUACAGCUGCGUAGAUUUCGAAAAUUUGUAUAACAAAAAAAAAAAAAGCAAAUCGAGAUACACAACAUAUAGAAAAAAACAUUACAGCGAUAGUGAACUGUUUGAAAAAAAAAAAGUACAAAUUAAAAAAAAAAAUGGAUGUAUGUACGUACAGAAGCACUACAUCCCCAGCAGCAAGGACAAUGACAGGCUGUACCUGUUUGACAACAUAACUAUUUAUAAAAAUCACUUUGACAAGUAUGAAGAAAAGAAUGAUGAGAAGCUGUCCAAUUUAAAGAAAAUCCUGAAGAUAUAUGAAAACGUAACGACGAACGAGAAGAAGAAGCUGUACGAAUUGAUUAAAUUCUUCUCCUUCACGCAAGGAGGAUUUCAAAAUGAUAAGCUGAGACAGAAGUUGUGGCUACUCCUACUCGGAUUUAACAUCAACUUGUCGAAGGAAAAAAAUUAUAAUGAUCACCCGAUAUCCAUCCUUUGUAUGAAACAUAAGAACAAAUUUAAAUUUGUGAAUUCGGCCAAGCACUUUAAGUUAAAAUGGAUCCAAGAGGAGGACGGGGCGGGUGAUUGGCGCCCGCGUGAAUGUGCCAAAGGUGAUUUGCGGCAAAAAGGAGGGACUACUCCACAUACGCAGAGUCAAAAUAAAAUUUACUAUUAUGAUAAUUUUUCGUGUCCUCGGAAGAAGGAAUUUGUUUUCACCUACGGGGUAAGUGAUGAAGGAGGGGGUCUUCCCCCUUCGGCUGACCAGGGGGGACGGUUACCCCCUACCACAGGUGCCCCCUCGGAGGGGUGCCCAUCAGUGGGGAGAACCAAAUCAAGCGACAAGGAUGGAAGCGGAGCCCAAUGCGGAAACAAAGCAGCUGCACAUGAUGGCCACUGUCGUAACCGCAAAAGCACGCGGGCGAGGAGGCGGUUCUACCAGAAGGAAGAGGACGAGAAGUGCCACAGCGCAAGUCCGUCGGCAUCGCCGGCACCCCCAAGCUGCUCGUCAAGAACAUCGUCAACGCCGUCCGGCAGAACGGAACUGUUAUGUAUCCCCGCCUUGGAAGCAGUAGAUCAUUGUGCUUCUGAAAAUUCGCUCUACCUAUCGGACAGUUUUAUUUCCUCGACGACGUCCUUCACAGCGUCGUCCGUGUCAUCGUUCGCCUCCAACUGUUCAGACGACAUGGACAUGGUGGGGAGCAAGUCGAGGAGUAGGCAGAAGAGGCGCACCCCCCCCCUGCAUUUUUUCAGUAGUUCCCACUCGAAUGACGGCGCACGGGAGGGGCGCAGCAAGGGGAGUAAGUCGCUAAAAAGGAGAUCAUCGAGCAAGAGGGUCAAUGCCCCUCAAAGGAGUGUCCUCCCAGGGAAGGCCCAACCGAAUGAUGACUCCUUCCCCUUUUUCUCCGAAGAAAAGUACCCCAAAAAAAAAAAAACAAACAAAAUUGCCAAGCGUGAAAUAGAGAAGCAGGCCAAAAGGUGCAUCGAAAAGAAGACGAAAAAAAUCAUUCAUUUUUUGCUCCAUAUUGACAAAGAGAAAAAUAAUUAUGAUAAAAAAAAAAACAUAAAAUUUAUCAUAAAAUUGUUCAAGGUGAUUUAUAAAAACAUGUUGGAGGUGGACCUCUACAUAGUGGAUUAUAUCCUUCGGAAAAAUCAAACGAAAGAAGACACAAACAUUUUGUCCUACCUAAAAUAUAAUAUUGAAAAUAAUUACAAUUUUAAUUCAAAUUUGAACAAGUGGAUUAUCGACAGUGUGUUGCUGGACGAAAAUGAAAGAGUGCAAGUGAAGAAGGACGUCAAAAGGAGCGUAAACACGUGGAAUAUACACAAAUAUAACAUUUACGAAAUUAAGAAGAAGUAUCAAUACAUUUUGAAAAAUGUCAUUUGCAGCAUUUUAUAUAAACACUCGAAUAAAAUUUUUUACGCGCAGGGGGUACAUGACGUUUGUCUCGUUUUCGUCACUUUAUAUUUUCAUCACUUUUUGAGGAGGUACAAAAAGUACGUCUUCUUGGAGCACUUCAUUUCCAAGUUUGUCGUAAACAAAAUUUGUGAUUUUAUUUUUUCAAAAUUGAAAAGGGAGUGUAAUGGGCAGCAUCCCCCGGGGGGGUCCACCUCCCAGGUUUUUUUUCCACACGAGGGAGGUACAGCGGAGCAGGAAGGGAAGAAGGUGUCCACCCCCGUUCCACACAAUAAUGAAGAUGGUGAGGCGAAAGGAGGGACGUUACCCCCAACGAAGCGGAAGGGACCACUCAUCGGAGGAGACAUCUUCCAAAACAACAUCUACGACAUGUUCCUCAUGGAGGAAAGGUACAUCGAAAAGAUAUGCCUGCUGAAUAAUAUUAACCUGGAGAGGUAUAUAAAGUAUAAAAAGAAGAAGAAGAAAAAAGAAUACAUCGUAUACCUCCUGUGCGAGCGCUUCCUCCUUUUCUACAUGAUCGACUACUUGACGCUAUCGCUGGACGUCUCCAUUAACAACACCUUCAAGAGCAUCGGCUUGCUGCUCAAGUACAUGGACAAGGAGGUCUACAACGUGUUCUGCCUUCUCCAAAAGGAGCAGCAGUAUGAAAAUAUGAAGUACGUGAAUAGAAGUGAGAGAGCCAGUUUGGGGGGGAGUCGAAAUGGUGGCAGCGAGGAAAGAGGCGCCAACAGAGGGAAGGAGCAGCAGAAUGACUCCAAAAGUGAUACCAACCAAUUGGACAGUAAGAGGAACUCCCUCAAGCUGAGCGGCACCGAAUUCUUCUUCUGCCUAAGUUGGGUCGUUACGUACUACUCUCACGUAUUCACCGAGUUUGAAAAACUCGCCAGGAUUUUUGAUACCCUCCUCUCGAAUGAUGGCAUCUUCAUAAUCUACUUCACCAGCGCCAUCAUUUUGCACAAGAAGGAGGAGCUCAUACAGAUUGCCAACAAGAAGAAAAAGGAAAUGCUCUACAAUAAUAUGUACACCGAGACGCACUACAUUUUUCAAAACAUGAAAUGGAAGGACUUGAAUGUGGAUAACAUAAUUAAAAAAACCUACUACUAUAUGAAUUAUAAAAUCCCGCAGGAUACCUUUUUGGAGAAGAUAAGGAAGAAAAUUUCCUUCCCCCCCUUCUCCCCCAUCUAUAGCUACCCCUUCAUUCUGCACUACUUCCACUAUGAGCGGGAGCGGGAGGAGUUGCGCAACCGCUCGGUGGAGCAGUCCAUUCGCAGCUUCUACGCGUACAGCAAGGCGGGGGGUGCGGAAGAGCGGCAGGAGGAGCGACGUGAGGAGCGUCAGGAUAAGCGGCAGGGGGAGCAGCAGGAGGAUCUGCAAGAUGAACUACCGGAGCCGCCGCAACCGCCGCAACCUCCGCAGGGCGAGGGCAACCCCUCGAAGGAGUGCACCCCCGCGAACGCGUGCAGCCUGAACGUGCCGCCCAGCAAGAUGAAAACGUACGACGAGUACAUCCACGACCUGCUGGGCGAGCAGAGCGAGGGGAGCCCCGAAGAAAAGAGGAAGAACCCACUGUGGAGGGGAGAAAAGCACAGCAAAGACGACAACAACAUCUACCUGCACUACCCCCAUUCAAUUCUCUGCAACCACUUAGAAAUGAAUAAAGAAAUUAUAAAAAAGCACCUGCUCGUGGAGGAUUUCUUCCAGUACGUAUUCUACGAUUUUAUUGUGAGCUACAAAGACAUCUGCAACAGGCAAAGGAUUAGGUCCAAAAAAAAAUGCUACAUCAUUCAGUACAUCAAGGUGAAGGGCAGAAGGGAACACCUCCUGAUAAAGAGAAAAAAAAAAAAAAAAAAAAACAAGUAUGAAAAAAUACUCCACAGAAUGGCAAAACAUGUUACGUUUUUAUAUCAACACAAAUGUAGAAAGGAAAAAAAAAACAAAAAAUAUAUGUACAUGAAUUUUACCACUAAGGGGAAAAAGAACGCACCCCUCUCCUCCUUUCGCAAUUUGCCCCAUCACAAACGUAACCAAAAAACAAUAGCCAUCAUCCCACCCAUUUAUAAGUACAUCGUCCAGGAUAGCCUCGUUAUGGAGAAUUUGGGCCACUCCAAAAAGAGCAAGCUCAAUAAAGCCGCAGAAAAAGACAGGCUCCAGAAGCAGAAGAAGCGCCUGCCCUACAUCUACUACCUGCUUCGCACGUCCAUUCACGACUCGCCCUAUUUUAAUUUCUUCCUGUUUUUUUUCGUGGUCUCCCUCUUCUCCUCUUUGCUGUACUACCACCGGUGA